AAGCCAAAUUAAUGAAGAGAGAAACAUGUUGGGAAAGAGGCUGAUCUCUAUCCUAACAUGAGAGUAGGAUAUGGAGUUUUACUUCCAAACAGGACCCCCAUCUUCAGCCUUCAUUGAAUGGCUAAAGCCAAUAGCUUCACCAUCUUCGAUGUCAAACUCCUCGACGAUAACAUCUCCAUACGCUAACAACAAUAGUAAACGAGCAUUCGAUCGUUACUUGACAAUUAGCACUUCGAAAGAGCAUGUCGUGGAGUGUCUCCCCCUCUUGAGCAAGCUAAGAGAGGAUCAUACUUAUAAGCCGAUGAAGGAGGAAGAGGCUGAGGGAGAAGAGAAAGUGGUAGUUUCUUUGCAAAUAGGGUUGCCCGAUAAAGCCUUCACCAAGAGAUCUGAAGCAGGUUCCUUGGUGGGAAAAGUAGGUCAUGAAGAAGAUGAAGAAAGACACAAGAAAAGGAAACUCGUGGUGAACAGCUUCAACAUGGAGAGUAGGUUUUGGAUCCCAACUCCAGCACAAAUACUCAUUGGUCCUAUGCAAUUUGUUUGUUCCAUUUGCAGCAAGACCUUCAAUAGGUACAACAACAUGCAGAUGCACAUGUGGGGGCAUGGAUCAGAGUAUAGAAGAGGACCAGAGUCUUUAAGGGGGACACAACCGGCGGCAAUGCUGCGACUUCCUUGCUAUUGUUGUGCAACAGGAUGCAAGAACAACAUCAACCACCCAAGGGCUAAGCCUUUAAAGGACUUUAGAACGCUACAAACUCACUACAAGAGGAAACACGGAGCCAAGCCUUUCGCGUGUAGGAAAUGCGCAAAGGCCUUUGCAGUUAAGGGAGAUUGGAGGACUCAUGAGAAGAAUUGUGGGAAGCUUUGGUAUUGCACUUGUGGUUCAGACUUCAAGCAUAAGAGGUCUCUUAAGGACCAUAUUAGAUCCUUUGGAGAGUCACACCGCCCACACCCUUCCCAUGAUAAGGACUACUCAUGUUUAACCACCGGCUCCUCCGAAGAAGAAAAUCAUUGAUGGAUCGUUUACUCCUUGUUUUCGUGUUUGCUAGCUCCGAAGAAGAAAACCAUUGAUUACAUAAUCUUCUCUCUUGAAACGCGUCAAGUUAUGAGAGAGGGAAUUAUGUGGCUGAGGAAAUCGAGGAUUCAUUUGAAGCAAUAAGUUUAAUUUUAUAUGUUUGUGUUGAAAUUAAUUAGUAAGUAUGUAUUUGAUCAAAGCAAGCAAAGGCUUUGUUUGAGGAUGUGGUAAUUAUUAUUAUAUUAUAAUAAGGUAAUAUAUAUUUGCCAUGAAGUUAUGAAGCAGAUCAAUUUUCUUCCCUUCUUUCAUGUGGAGAAAAUUUGCCUGCUUCAUUGCCAAUUGGUAACUAAUAUAUAUUAAUGUUGUACCAAUCAAAUUAUUGAUCAUCUACUUUCCUAUUUUGUCUCAUCUCA